CUAGUGCGUCGGGAGUUUAGUGCGCAGAAGUGAAAAAUUCUUCCCGCACAGUUUGGAGCUUCGCGGCGGGGGGCUGCGCUAGCGCGAGUGGAGGUGGUCUCAUCGGCAGAAAGAAGCGGAGCGGAGGAGCGAACCAGCCGAACAGAACACACCUCUACUGAGCAGAUUGAAGCUGGACUUGUUGGUCGGUCAUCGUCGACCUCGUCCUCUUGCUCUUUCUCUCUCUCUCUCUCUCUCUCUCUCUCUCUCUCUCUCUCUCUCUCUCUCUCUCUCUCUCUCUCCUCCCUGCUCCCGGCCGUUUUGCUCGUUCUCAGUUUUUGAUCCUGUUUCUCUGAGGGGAAGGUGAGUUGAUUGGGAGGAGGCAGGGGGAGCCGGCAAUCGAGGGAGGAGGAGCGGAGCGUAGUGUUCCCAGGAGGGAGCCGUCUCUCUCGCUCUCCCUCCCUCCCUCACUGGACACUUGUGUCUCAGUCUGUCGGGAUUUGAGCAUUUGGCGAUGGCGGAGCUCGAUGAUGCCGGGUUGCUGAACGGCGUUGUGGAAGUUGACGGCAACCAGAACCAGAACCAGGGUUCGACCCACGGCUGGCAACAAGUGACCAAUGUGAAAAAGCGCAAGCUUCAGGAAUCGCGCGACAGGAAAAAGGCCGCUGCAGCUGCGACUGCGAAUGGCACCGCGGCAGCGUUGGCGCGCACAGCGCUGGGAAAGAGUUUGCCUGAUCCGAGUCAGAAAGCUUUUGAAAAGCUGGAUGCGCUCCCGGGAAGACCCCUUGCGCGGCCCAAUGGUGUUGAUUACGAUACACUGUUGAUCAGGUGUCUCAAAUCCGACAGCGAUGAAACGGAUGAUGAGACGCCGGCCGCUGGUCCGUCUUCUAAUGGGCAAGAUGGCGAGGCAGUCAAACCUGCUAAAGUGAAGAAGCCGAAAAAGCCUAAAGUGACCGUGGCGGACGCAGCGGCGGCAAUAAAUCCAGACGAUCUCUCAGCGUUUCUGAACGAGGCCUCGUCAUCCUUUGUUGAUGAUCCGAGCAUUCCCUUGAUGAGGUGCGGAGAUUACUUCGUCAAGGCGUUCAACAGUGUUACGCCUUCCAGCUUGAUGUGGCAGAAGAGCACGCUCGUGAAGGCCUCAGAGAUGCCAUUCAGCCAGCUUCCAGAGCAGCUUGUGAAGGUGACGUAUGACUGGCUAUGUCAUCAGCCUGCUGAUGAGCUCAGCAAGUUCGUAAUGAUGCUUCUCAGGGCGAUUGUUGAAGACAGCCACCCUCCACAACCCGCAAAAGGACAAAAGGGUGCAAGUGGUCCUCCAGGCACUGGCAAAUUGAGGGUUGGGAUCAUUGUUAUCUUGUCUUUGCUACUGCGGAAGAGACCAGAUGUGUUGCUCCAGCAUGCAGAUAUGCUGAGGACAGAUCCCUUGUUUAAGGGGCAGGACGAGGCGCGCAUUUUGGCUUGGGUGUAUACGCAGGUGGCUCACGGGGAUCUUGUGUCGGGUGUGUUUCUUUGGGCGAGGAACUUGGUUACACUUGCUGGCAACAAGUCUGCCACACCUUUGUCGCGAGACCUUGCUCUCCAAUUUUUUGAAGGGAUGGUUGUAGGCAACUUAAAGAAGGCAAAACCUAUGUUGAUGAAUGGGGCUUCAAAAAAGGGAGAGCGAUUGAUUCCUGCGGCCUCGUUGGACUUGAUUAUGCGAUUGGCAUACCCGUCAGAAACAGCACAAACGAAGGCUACAGAGAGGUUCCUUGCAAUCUAUCCAGUUGUGAAGGAGGCUGCGUUAGCAGGCGCAUCGCGGAGCAAAACAUUGAAAGCUGCUGCUGCACAGUUGUUCCCUCUUAGCUUAUCGGUUGUUGGCGAAGACAAUGAAACACUUGUGGAGGAGGGCUGCAAGAAUGCCGUCUGGUGCUUAUCUCAGAAUCCUGACUGCUAUAGACAAUGGGAAAAGAUCCAUGUGGAGAAUCUGAUUGAAGGGAAGAAAGUGCUGUCGUACAUAUUGAGGAACUGGGAGCAUUGUAAAUCGGAGUUGGCACCGCUUAAAGAUUUUCAGUAUGGCCUCAAAAGUCUCAGGAAAAAGAACGCAGACGCCAUUCGUCAGUGCAAAAGUGAUGGAGCGCUUGUGGGUCAUCUAAGGGCUGUUGACAAAGUAUGUAGGAGCUUGGAGAGGAAGUUUGCGAAAUGGUGGCCCUGUGCCCUUGCGACGGUGGUUGCACUAGCGGGUGCAAGUGCUGUGGCAGUGGUCAGCAUGUCUCCGGAGCUUCUGGAGAAGAUGGAGAUGAUGGCCAAGUUUCCAUAAAUUGUUCUCUCCCGAUGGAGAAAAGAACUCUUGCCGUGUUGGUAUGUCAUGGCAGCCACGCCUUUGCUUCUUGAUACAUGGUUGGAAGUUUGGACUUCGUUGACGGGCUAGAAGACGGCCUUGUGUUGGUGGCAUGAACAUGUGUUUGUGCGAGUCCUUGUGUUGUUAUGAAGGCGUGUGCAUGCAUGCUGUGCAUAUGCGCCCUGUGCUUUUGUGCUUGUGUUCCGAUGGUGUAGUUUGCAGAUUUGUCGACGAUGUGAGUGGAUGUGUAUGCAGAACACGGUGAGAUUUGUUUGCUGCGUGAUCAGAUGUGCACGCAAAUUUUGUCCAAAACCUUAUGGUGGUGGUGAACGCAGAGUUCUCUCUCCCGCUGAGACGGCUGGGAUGUGAAGGAUGAUGGGAUAUAUGGCGCAGAGGUGUGCCUGCCAGCAAUCCCUGAGAACAGUGGUUGAGCGAAUGCAGUGGACAUGGUUCGAGAAUGUUGACGCCAUGUGCACGUAAAAAGAGAAAAAAAAAAAAAAAAAAAAAAAAAGAAACAACAACAACAACAACAACAACAACAGAGCAUUUGAUUCACAUCAUGGUUCCGCUUCCUGGCUUGGUUCGUUGGGAGUUUCUGCGGGGGCAUGGUUUCGUUGCCAAAUAGCAGCAGGAAGCGAUCAUGGAGAGGGAGGCUUGCCUGUGGGGUUGUGCGAGUUUGGUCACAGGUCAGACGACUAGAUUGGAGAGUGACAUGUUUUUGAAGAUGGUUUGUGAGGGAGGGUGGAGGUUGUGUGAAUGGGAAGGAACGGGGAGGAACGGGCAUUUGCAGUUUGUAGAGAGUCUCGCACGUCGGAGGUGAUAUGACUUGAGAGUGCUUGAGCCGCGUGUCUCGCACAUCAGUCACCUUGGAAAAACUCCUGAGAAGGUCUUACUUUUCAAGGGCCCGUUGUGCGCUUUGUGACGCCGGGUAUGGUGUUUGCGACCAAGCGGUGAAUAAAUUGGUUGUUUGAAUGUUUUUUAACGCUUCCCCUUGGGCUCAGUUUUCCUGAGCACGUGAAGCUGUCGCUGGUUUCCAAGGAGAAUUGCCUUGGGCUAUGGCGACAGUGUCUGCCUGGAGGUGGGAUGCCGGAUGGUUGAAGCAAUGCCAUGCUCUUUGUUGGACUGGAGGGGUAGAUGGGGGGGAGGGGGGGGUGAUGGCUUGCCUCAUUACCGUCCAACUGCUGUCGUGUAUUCCUUCCGAUCAAAUUCGAUGCAAGCAGAUUCAUUGUGUGUUGGCAAGAGAUCAUUCAUGGAUGAUCGAUGUUCAUCUUAGAACACGAGAGCCAACACCUCGAUGUCUUUCAGCUCUUGCAAAUGCUAUCCUCUAAGUUCUAACCCAUAUUCCUUCCCCUCUCCCUGAUGUAUAAAGCCAUGGUAAUAAGCCAUGCUUGUGUUCAAAGUUUUCGGGUCGCUCCAAAUGCCAGAAGGCGGAGUCGAUAGGUUGGCGGGUUGUUGGGAAGCUCCAUCUCCUUUCACUCAAAUCUAGGGCUUAGCUUUUGGCGUUUGUUAUAUGUAUCAUGUCAUGUAUGUAUGUCCUUGAAAGCAGCUCCGUCCCUCUUCUUAAGACUCCGAAUAUGUCUCGAUGAUGUCUUUUUGGUCGGGGAACUUGGUGUUGAAACGCGCACCCCUGAUAUUCUAACUUUGUGUUUGUCGCUUUUGCCGUUGUCCAUCUAAAAGAAAUAGGUCUCUGCCUUUCUGGAAAUCUUUGAAUCGAAUUUGCGGUUUGUACCAAUAGACAAGAGGCAUUGGCGGUGUGUCUACUUUACACUGUUUUCGCUCCUGAAGGGUGUUGUAGAAUGUAUGUAUGGAAUUGCAAAGUCUAUACAGCAUGGCUUGGGGUACAAGUCAGAGCAGAAACGAAGCAGCGAUCCUCUCAUUCUGUAGUAUAACAGCAUUAAAAUAAAUGGGUGUCGGCAUU